AUGAUAUCGCCCAUGGAAGCAUUGGCCGAUCUGGAGCGCCCUCGCGAUGUCUCACCCAGUUGUCCCUCCACUAGCAUCAGUGUGGCAGGUAGCCUCCACGCCGUCGCAUCGACCCGCCAUCGAUCUCGAACACCGAGCCCAUAUCGCCCUGUGCCCUCUACCAGGUCUUCCGGGAAAGAGCACACGGAGAAUAGAACUGGGCGAGAGCACUGCGAGGGUUUGAAAGGAUGGAAUGGCAUAGCAUGCCUGACACAGCAGGAUCUAGCUGCUUGCCUAUACAUCCUUCUAUUGGACAGGACUCGCGCAAACAUUGCUCUUCAACCAUAUCAUACCACUCUCGAGGCAGAGUGCGUAGCGUACACAUCUUGCGAGCCAAACGACCACUUAGAUCACGCUGAUCGGCCCCUUUACUGGCAGAGGAAGAAGGGGUCGCAAGAAGGAGGGAGACGUGGUGACUACAGCCAUGUGCGCAUGCCAGCGCUGGGCUGUUGCUGUCAUAACACGACCUGGCCGUUCAUGAUCGAUAUGCUGCGCGCAAUGCUAUCGCCGAGGAUAUUCGAAGGCUAG